AUCAAACUAAAUCAAAUGUUAUACGGUCUCGGUUUACGAAUAAUUACGUAAAGUAUGAGAAUGAUUCAAUGAUACGAAUAUACCUAAGAAAUUAUUCUUGACUUGUUUUGUCAUUUGUGUCAUUAAUUCGGCGACUACGAUACUAAAGUAGAAUUCACUUUCGAAAUUCCGUGAUUUUGCAUUUAGUGGUUCAUACUUCAAACUAAGUUUAAUUUUUGUACAGACUAUUGAUUGUCUGGUUCUGUGUCAACGUUUUAUUUUGAUAAUAGAAAAAUAAAUAGUUCACACUGUUAAGUAUCAGUAUAAAUACUUAUUGAUUUAAUUUUUGUUUUAUUACAUUACGUUAAAAUAUCCUGGUUUAAAUAUGAUGAAUGGAGGAGUUGGAUUGCAACAAUCCUUUGCCGAUGUACUGCCAUCAGCUGCUUCUAACAACUACCAGACUGCCACUAUGUCUACUACAAUUAUUACUAAUGGUACAGAAAGUGAACCGCCGGCAAAGAUUACAAAACAUGAAGUAAAUGGAUCUCCUGCUUUUACUACUGCUCCGUAUGAUUUCAAUCAAGUUGGAACUUUGAUAUCAGGGCCAGGUUCAAGGCUUGGAAUAUUAGGAGCUCUUGCUGCUCCAUUAAUUAAGUUGAGUAGUGAACAAACUGAAGCUGUAGCUAAAGCAAAAAAAUAUGCUAUGGAACAAAGUAUUAAAAUGGUUUUAAUGAAACAGACUUUAGCACAUCAACAACAGCAAGCUAAAUCUUUUCACCGUCAUCAAGCUUUAAUACUAAUGUGCAGAGUCUAUGUUGGUAGUAUAAGUUUUGAGCUUAAAGAAGAUUCGAUAAAGCAAGCAUUUUCACCAUUUGGUUGUAUUAAAUCCAUAAAUAUGUCAUGGGAUCCUAUUACGCAAAAACAUAAGGGUUUUGCGUUUGUUGAAUAUGAAAUACCUGAAGCAGCACAGCUUGCUCUAGAACAGAUGAAUGGAGUAAUGCUUGGUGGCCGCAAUAUCAAAGUUGUGGGACGUCCUAGUAAUAUGCCACAAGCUCAAUCUGUAAUUGAUGAGAUCCAAGAAGAAGCAAAACAAUAUAAUAGAAUCUAUGUAGCAUCUAUACAUCCUGAUUUAACAGAAGAAGAUAUCAAAAGUGUAUUUGAAGCAUUUGGCCCAAUUAGAACGUGUAAACUUGCUCAAGGAAGUACACCCAACAGACAUCGAGGGUAUGGUUUUAUUGAGUAUGAAGGACGUCAAUCAGCUAUUGAAGCAAUAUCGUCAAUGAAUCUUUUUGACCUUGGAGGUCAAUAUUUAAGAGUUGGGCGUGCCAUUACACCUCCUAAUGCUCUUCAUGGCCCUUCAUCUGCAAGCCAUAUGCCUACAGCCGCAGCAGUGGCAGCGGCAGCGGCUACAGCUAAAAUACAAGCAAUGGAUGCAGUUGCUUCCAAUGCAGUAUUAGGUUUAAGUAAAUUAAGUUCUCAAUUGGGUGCCCAAACUACUGUUUUACCUGGAUUACAACAAAUGCCUACCACAUUAGGAAUAACUUCUACUGCUCUACCUACUGUAGCUAUACCACCACCAGGCAUUGCCAUUCCCCAACAAAUAAGAGCUCCUGUUCCAAUUAUACCAGUAAAUACUGCAUUAAGCCCAGUUAUGCAACAAACAAUACCUCCACCCACAAUGGUAAAUCCAACUCAAUUGGCUGCUCCUAUAGUUCCAACUAUAACGGCCGAUGCACAAAAGCGAGCUGAUCAACAAAAGAAACAAGAAGAGUUACAAAAAAAAUUACUCGAGGAGACGGAACCACAAACAUUGCAACAACAAGAAAAUAUGUCAAUUAAAGGUCAAAGUGCUAGACAUCUUGUAAUGCAAAAAUUAAUGAGAAAAACUGAGAGUCGAGUGGUUAUAUUAAGAAAUAUGGUUGGUGUAGAAGAUGUGGAUGAUAGUCUUCAAGAAGAAAUUCAAGAUGAAUGCAGCAAAUAUGGAAUUGUUGAACGAGUUAUUAUUUAUAAAGAAAAACAGUCUGACAUUGAAGAUGACGAUUCUGACACAAUUGUAAAAAUAUUUGUUGAGUUUACACAGAUGUCAGAGGCUGAAAGAGCUUGUGACUCGUUAAAUGGCCGUUUCUUUGGUGGCCGCUUGGUAAAAGCAGAACUUUAUGAUCAAGCCUUAUUCGACCAUAGUGAUUUUUCUGGUUAAAAUAUUUUCAGAAGUAUCAAAUUAUUACAUCUUAUGCUAGUUUGUACAUUUCAUAUUAAAUUUACCUUAAUAGUUAUUACUAUAAUGAAAACUAAUUAACCAUAAUGAUUUCAUAUUAUACAAUGCUAGAUUUAUAACACAUUCUGUAUAUAUAUAAACAAUUUUCUUAAUAAUAAAUGUAUAUUUAAGUUUUA